AUACUUUGGGGUAUCCGCUGCAGAUGAUCGAAUCGCAGCAACGCACGGAGCCGAUCGAGCGCACAUUGCGGAAGCUAUAGCAAAUUAAGCCGGUGUAGCUAAGAUGCCGGCUGCAGGCCUUUGCUGGUUACUGCUAGGCGUGGUGUUAGCCUUUGGAGUUGCAGCUAGCCCGGCGCAGGCCUCCAGGAAUUCGUUGCUGCUUGAACAGUCUCCUGCAGCUGGUUACUACGACUUCGUUAUCAAGGAGACCAAGGUCACCCGGCUGUGCCAGGAGAAGACCAUCCUGGCCGUGAACGGGCAGUUCCCCGGGCCGACCAUCUACGCGCGCAAGGGCGACGUCGUCGUCGUCAACGUGUACAACCAGGGCAGCAAGAACAUCACCCUGCACUGGCACGGCGUGGACCAGCCGCGGAACCCAUGGUCCGACGGGCCGGAGCACAUCACGCAGUGCCCCAUCCAGCCGGGCGCCAGCUUCUCCUACCGCAUCCUCUUCACCGAGGAAGAGGGCACGCUGUGGUGGCACGCGCACAGCGACUACGGCCGCACCACCGUGCAUGGCGUCAUCGUCAUUCGCCCCAAGGAUGACGGCUCCGCCUACCCCUACCCGAUGCCGGACGGGGAGGUGCCCAUCAUCCUUGGGGAGUGGUGGAACGCCGACGCGGAGCAACUUUUUCUGGAGGCCCGGCGAACCGGCGGCGACGUCAAAGUCUCCGACGCCAACACCAUCAACGGCCAGCCCGGCGACUACGCGCCGUGCUCCAAGAACGACACCUUCAGGAUGUCGGUGGAGCAUGGCAAGACGUACCUGCUCCGGGUCAUCAACGCAGGGCUCACCAACCACAUGUUCUUCGCCGUCGCCGGGCACCGCCUCACGGUGGUCGGCACCGACGGCCACUACGUCAAACCGUUCACCGUCGACUACAUCAUGAUCGCCGGAGGGCAGACCAUGGACCUCCUCCUCGAGGCCAACCGCACCACCAACAGUUCCGGCGACAAUAAUAGCCGCUACUACAUGGCUGCGAGCCCGUAUUACACCAACGCAGGACGAGUCCGAUACGACGAUAAGGUCACCACGGCUAUUCUCGAGUACACGGACGCGCCGCCCUGCUCGGGUCCACCGGACUACCCCUACCUGCCGUCUGUCCGUGAUGUCGCCGCGGCGACGUCGUACACGGCGCAGCUCCGGUCCCUGGCUAGCAAGGACCACCCGAUCGAUGUGCCAAUGGUGGUCGACGAGCACAUGCUCGUGACCAUCUCUAGCACUGUGCUCCCCUGCGAGGCCAACAACACAUGCAAUGGCCCAUUAGGCGGCCGCAUCGUGCAGAGCUUGAAUAGCAUCAGCUUUGUGCCACCGGCCAUCGACCUCCUCGACGCGUACUACGACUCCAUCAGCGGCGUGUACGAGCCGAACUUCUCUAACAGGCCGCCAUUGUUGCAGCUCACGAAGCAGGGCACCCAGGUGAAGGUGGUGGAGUAUGGCACCGUGGUGGAGGUGGUGUUCCAGGACGACCUCACCGGUGAGGGCCAUCCCAUGCACCUGCACGGCUACAGUUUCUACGUGGUAGGCCAAGGGUUCGGUAAAUUCAACAAGUACAUGGAUCCGGCGAAGUACAACCUGGUGGAUCCGCCGUACCAGAACACUGUCUCUGUGCCCCCGAAUGGCUGGGUUGCAAUACGCUUCCGUGCCACAAAUCCUGGUGUGUGGUUUAUGCAUUGCCACAUCGAUAUUCACAUGGUGUGGGGCAUGAACGCUGUGUUUAUUGUGGAAAAUGGUAAAACCUCGGAUGCUCAAAUGUUGCCACGUCCUCCUAACAUGCCCAAGUGCUAAAUAAGGAAAGACAAGGGCAUAAGUCAUGCCUAGAUCUUUCUCUUGUGCUUUUUCUCACCUGAAACCUUGUCUUUCCUCCUUUUCCUUUUCCAUAUCCUUCUAGUUCUCCGGAUGCACGCUCCCGACUGCGCGUAUAGUUACGCGCAGGUGAUGGUGAUUUGCCAGGUGUGGAAAGAUAGGAAAGACAUAUGGAAACUCUUGGAGAUAAUUUUGUGGAGAUGCUCUUACUAGAUUAGCAAUUGGUUUAAUUAUUUGCGGCACAGAUUGUAAGUGGUGUGGUUUCUUCAAACAAUUAUUUAUUUAUUAUAUAUACCGUUUAUGUUUGGUUUUCUUUUUUCAUUUGUUGGGACAGAAAAAAUAUAUUUGUUGUAUUCGUUGUUUGCACAUCAUGUAGAUUUACACAUACUUCAUUCUUCAAGUGUUUAAUUAAAAAUGUAUGUUACAGUACAUUCUGUAUCCUGUGAAAAUUCAAUAUACAUACGUGCUUUAUUUA